AUGCAACUAACAGCACAAGAAAUUCUUGAUGCUUUUGAACAUUUUACAAUUUAUGUUAGUUUUAUUAUUUUAUUUGGUGGUAUUUUUGGUCAUAUUAUUGAUAUUCUAGUUUUUACAAGUUCUAAACCAUUUCGAAAAAAUCCGUCCGCUUUCUAUCUCACUGCUGAAUCAAUUGUAAAUUGUAUUCAUUUACUUAUUUCAUAUUCUUCUCGUAUUGCAAUCAAUGGUUUUAAUAAUGACCUAACACAAACAUCUAUUAUAUGGUGUAAAUUACGGAAUCUAAUUGCAACAAGUUGUACACUUCUUUCACUUACUAUUGUUUGUUUUGCCGCUAUUAAUCAAUAUCUAUCAACUAGUUUUCAAUCGCAUUUAAAACAAUUGAGUACACUUAAACUCGCUCAUUAUCUCACUUUUAUUGCAAUUAUCGUUUGGAUUUCGCAUGGAAUUUUAUUUUUGAUUUUUAUGAAUAUUCAAACACCAUAUGGAUGUGUGUCUAUUAACAAUGAUUUUAUUAUUUAUGUUACAUAUGUAUAUUAUCUAAUACUUACUGGAUUCUUACCAAUCAUAAUUACAUCAAUAUUUGCUACAUUAGCUUAUGCAAAUGUUCGUCGUGUUAUACGACGUCAAAUUCCAAUUAUUCGUCGUAGACUUGAUAAACAAUUAACUGCAAUGAUUUUAGUUCGUGUAGUAUUUCUAGUAACAGUUACACUACCUUAUAUUAUUUAUCGUAUAUAUACGAUACAGAGUCAAGCAAAUCAAAGUGAUACUAUUGAGCAAGCCAUUGUGAAUUUAAUCGGGGCUGUAGCUUAUACUUUAUUCUAUUUAAAUUAUGCUGGUUCAUUCUAUUUGUUUUUAAUCUCAUCAGAACGAUUUCGUCGACAAGUUAAAUAUAUCGUAUUCAAAAAAUAUUGGCGAAUGUAUUGUCAAACAGGUCCACGCAACAAUCAUAUAGCUCCAAUAUCACAUAUAUCAAGUGUUGAAUUAGACUAA